CAAUUCAACCAUUAUCAAGCGAUCGAAAGAUCUGGUCCACCAUUCCACCAUGCUCCUCAGCUGCAGCUUCAUCUCUUUUUGCCCCCUCCUUAACCUCACGAACAGGGAAGAAGAAAACAAUCGGCAGAGAGGGGGGAGAUUUGAACUUUUGAGGAAGCUGUGUGUUAUACGAUGAUACCGCAACAAUGGUCGUCUCCUUGUGGAAACCAAUGCACGCAGAAAUACGCAGCCCUCACCAAGAUUCCAUGGCGGGUAUUUUGCAAAAAGGGGUGUGAUGCUGAUGGAGAUGCCUGGGAAGAAUGCUUGGAGGAAUGCACUGAGAUAUGCUAUAAGGAUCCUGUAUUUAAGGACCACCAGUGGAGUGCUUACAUUGACCGAUCUCCUGGGUCUGCCAGUUACUCAGAGGAAUGUUUUCAUGCAUGUGCAUCUGGUUGCGGCUUUAAGUUUGAUGUCGAUUCUGGGACAGCUGACAAAAUUCAAGCAAACAGGCCCGUGAAACCAGUGCCCAUUGUUUCGAAACCAGCGCCACGACCUCCAAUCACUGAACCUGUUGCCAAAAAUGAAGAUUUACCAAGCACUUCUGCAUAGCAACAAAAAAUGCAGAUAAAUGAGGGAGCAUGCCUCAAGAAAAUUAUAGUCGGUCAGCUAGGUUCUAGUUGUCUUGUAACCUCUUAACGUUCUCUGAAAUCGAUCUAACCAGCAACCUCAAUUCGAAUGCAGGCUUACGUCUACUGUUGCUAUCUUCUCCAACGCACGAGCUUCAUUAGUCUGUUGGAUUAUAUAUUACGACACUCGCUGGAUAGUGCAAUCCUUCCUUGUGUGAAAAAACUUGGGUUCCUGACAUAGAUGUUUGUCCCGUAUGCUGAGAGUUGCUGAUUUCUAUGUUGUACUGUCCAUUGCUCUGGCUUCAAAAGUCAGCGAAUUUUGUGAAAUGAUAUUACAUUAUAGGGAAUCUGUUACUUCUUUGCAUUUA